AUGUCGGGCUAUCCAGCCGGUGGCCACCAGGACUACGAUGACGGCUACGGCCAGCAGCGUGGUCAACAGGGAAAUCCGCAAGGUAGCAAUGCAAACGAUGGGUACUAUCAGGACAAUAACGACCAGUACUAUUACGACAACCAAGGCUACGACACUCGUGGUGGCCAACAGGGCAACGAUGGGUACUACGACGAAUCGGGCUAUUACAAUGCUGACCCCAACAAUCCCUAUCAGCAAGAUGGCGGUUACUACGACGGCCAGGACCAGUACCAGGAUGACUACUACAAUGGACACAAUGGCCAGCAGGGACAAGGCGCGUAUUACGACCAGGACUAUAACCAGGGCUACGGCUCAGGUGGCCGACGCCAGGGUUCUGAAGAGGACUCUGAAACCUUCAGUGACUUCACAAUGAGGUCCGACAUGGCUCGAGCCACCGAUAUGGACUACUACGGUCGUGGGGAUGAGCGCUCCAACAGCUACGGCGCUGAUCCCUCGGGCGGCCGCGGGUACAGGCCUCCCUCGUCUCAGAUCUCGUACGGCGGCAACCGCUCUUCUGGCGCCUCAACUCCCAACUACGGCAUGGACUACAGCAACGCCCUUCCUGCCGGGCAGCGAUCUCGUGAGCCGUAUCCUGCCUGGACUUCGGAUGCCCAGAUCCCGCUCUCCAAGGAGGAGGUUGAGGACAUAUUCCUGGACCUGACCGCCAAGUUUGGUUUCCAGCGUGACAGCAUGCGCAACAUGUACGAUCACCUCAUGACUUUGCUCGAUUCGCGUGCUUCUCGCAUGACCCCCAACCAAGCGCUCCUGUCCCUUCACGCAGACUACAUCGGUGGGGACAACGCCAAUUAG